AUGCCAAGAAUGAGUUCGAAAGAAGAGGCCAAAUCUUCCUCUGGCACCUUACAUUCUUCUGUUGAAGAACGGAGAAGGAGUCCUCUUGAUCAUUUACCGCCUCCGGCUAACUCCAACAAGCCGCUAACUCCCUUCAGUAUUGAAGACAUUCUCAACAAACCGUCGGUGCGGAGAGGCUACACUUUGUGCGGAACCAACCAUCUCCUGUCUGCGGCGGACAAACACACACCUUCGGGUAUCCCCUUGAAUAACCGGGCCGGGGUUCUGACCCAGACCUCCCCUCUCUGUGCCUUGGAGGAAUUAGCGAGUAAAACUUUUAAAGGUUUAGAAGUCAGUGUCUUGCAAGCAGCUGAAGGGAGAGAUGGUCUCUCUAUCUUUGGCCAAAGAUCGACUCCAAAGAAGCGCAGAAAGUCCCGGACCGCGUUCACCAACCACCAGAUAUACGAGUUGGAGAAGCGUUUCCUGUAUCAGAAAUAUCUGUCACCGGCUGACCGGGAUCAGAUCGCUCAGCAGCUCGGCCUGACCAAUGCUCAGGUCAUCACUUGGUUCCAGAAUCGCCGGGCCAAACUCAAAAGAGACCUGGAGGAGAUGAAAGCGGACGUGGAGUCCGCGAAGAAUCUCGGCCCGAGUGAGCUAGACAAAAUUACCAAAAUGGGCGAAAUAGAACAAACUGCGGCGGAAAUCGGCAGUCAGUCCAGAUCGCAGUCUCCUAUCGCACGGAAAAGUGCCCACGCCAAAACACCAGAUGCCCACAUCUCCCCUUCAUCGCUCGCAGUGGGACACCCGCCCAGAAAGGACUAUUCCGAGGAGGAUGAAGAGGAAGAGGAGAUUGAUGUCGAUGACUGA